GAAAUUAAUUCAACUAUUGUGAUGCGAACUACCUGAGUAUUAAAGUACUCUUAGAAUUAUAGACACGACCAUGAUAUUGGAAAUAUCAUGUCGAAAUCAUGGUCGGCGACGCUAAGAUUGCCAAAAUCUACCUUCCCUCCGAGACCUCUCCCUAAACUCCGAGAGCAGUACAUACGGAGGUCCGCGGAUGAUCUUUAUGAGUGGCAGAAGGAAAACCGAUCUUCUGAUAACACAUUUGUCAUCCAUGAUGGGCCGCCAUAUGCGAAUGGCGAUCUUCAUGUCGGCCAUGCCUUGAACAAAGUCUUAAAAGACAUGAUUCUAAGAGUGAAAAUACAACAAGGUAGAAGAGUGGAUUACGUUCCGGGAUGGGAUUGCCACGGGCUUCCAAUCGAGUUGAAAGCUCUGGAGAAUUCUCAAGGGGGCCAACUUACGCCGGCCGAAAUACGGAGGUCUGCCCGAAACCUGGCAUCAAAUACUGUUCUAAAGCAGAUGAAGGCUUUCAGAUCAUAUGGUGUUAUGGGUGAUUGGGACCAAAGAUGGACGACGAUGGAUGCGGCCUUUGAGAUUCGGCAGCUCCGUUUAUUCCAACAGAUGAUCAAGAAGGGCCUAAUUUACCGUAGGUUCAAACCUGUAUACUGGUCGCCAUCUUCGAGAACUGCCCUAGCUGAGGCAGAGCUGGAGUAUCGGGACGAUCAUAUUUCGAAUGCUGCAUGGAUUAGGUUUCCCAUAACAAACGAGUGGAAAGAACUCCCUCAAUUUGGAGACUUGAGGGAUAAAGCCAAAGGAGAAUUGUAUGCCGUGAUAUGGACCACAACCCCCUGGACUCUUCCUGCGAACCAAGCCAUCGCUGUACAUGAUGAUCUGAAAUAUCAUGUCAUUCGUUGUGGCGGAUAUAACUUGCUGGUUGCCCAAAGCCGUCUUGAUACUCUCAUCUCCAAAAUUGGUGCCGGGGACGAUUUCGAGAUUCUUGCAUCAUUUGAAGGUAGACAGUUGACGGGCCUGAAGUAUAUAAAUCGGCUUCGAGGGGAGUCCGGUACCCCGCAGCCCAUCAUACAUGCGGAUUUCGUAUCAGCAGACUCGGGCUCGGGACUCGUCCAUCUUGCCCCUGGUCAUGGGUUUGACGAUUAUGAAGUCUGUCGGCGGCUCGGUAUACCCGUAGUAGCUCCUAUUGAUGAUCAGGGUAGAUUCACACAGGACGCCUUUCCUGAUUCACCCGAGAUUUUGCAAUCAGCUCCUUCGAUAAAUGAAGGUGGGGGCCAGAAUGUGCUCAAUCUUCUCGAACCGCACGGCGAUGUUCUACGAGUGGAGAAGUAUCAGCAUAAAUAUCCGUACGAUUGGAGGACGAAGCAACCAGUAGUUAUACGAGCCACCGAGCAGUGGUUCGCUGAUGUUGCAUCUAUCAAACAAGAAGCCCUUGUCGCUCUCGAUGACGUUCGCUUCAUUCCGGAGUCGGGUAGGAAACGGCUCGAAAGUUUUAUCCGGGGUCGAAGCGAAUGGUGCAUAUCGCGACAGCGCGCCUGGGGUGUACCUAUUCCUGCUCUCUACGACGAACAGGGCGCUGCUGUAGUGAAUGACGAUGUGGUCGAGCAUAUAAUAUCAAUGAUUCAAGGACGAGGAACUAACGCCUGGUGGUUAGACGCUCCGGAUGAAACUGCAUGGAUUCCGCCUUCGCUUAAGGGUACGGGGGUUUACCGGCGUGGCACGGAUACUAUGGACGUCUGGUUUGAUAGUGGAAGUAGUUGGACUAUGAUGUCGAGACGCGCUGAUGUCUAUCUCGAAGGGUCCGAUCAACACCGUGGCUGGUUCCAGUCUAGUAUUCUCACACGAAUCGCUGCAGGAACGCAGGUAGACACGAACUUCGACAGAGGCGCACCUUUCAAGCAGCUGAUAACCCAUGGCUUCACGCUAGAUCAAAGUGGCAAGAAGAUGUCUAAAUCCCUUGGGAAUAUAAUAAAGCCGCAGGAAGUUAUAGAUGGUACUCUCUUACCAGCGGUCAAACAGAAGAAAGCCAAGACGGCCAGCUACGACGCCCCGGGCCCAGAUGCUCUCAGGCUUUGGGUUGCGAGCAGUGACUAUACCCGCGAUGUGGCUAUUGGAAUCCCUGUGCUUAUGGCUAUCCAUACAUCGUUGAUAAAAUAUCGCGUCAUUGUGAAAAUGCUCCUCGGCUCGCUACACGAAUCUGCCCGAACAACCCCUCUUACCGCGGUGGACCAUAUUGCCAUCAUACAACUGCAAGACACCAUGAAAGAAGUGGGCGAAGCAUUCGAGAACCAUGAGUUUUAUAAGGCAUUUGCUGCUCUGAAUAAAUGGGUCACGAACGACUUAUCAGCUUUCUAUCUAGAAGCCCUGAAAGACCGUUUAUACUGUGGUGAUGGAGGAGGCGUCAUCGAGCCUCUACUGGUUGGACUUUUGAGGAUGUUGGCACCGAUGACUCCAUUACUCGUAGAGGAGGCGUGGGAUCACCGCCCUGAGUGGGUAAAACAAGAUCCAUCCUUCAUUCAUCCGUUUCAUCAGCUCUACAACGACCCCGUGAUUGAUAAUAGCCUUCUCACACGCGAUCUAAACUCCCUGCGGAAAGAUAUCCCAGUACUUAUGACCGUCAAUGCGGCUAUCAAAGCGGGUCUUGAAACUGCCCGAGGAGAUAAGGUUUUGGGGUCGUCUUUGCAAAGCUCCGUUAUCCUUAAUGUUACUGAUGCUGCGGUCCAACAAGUACUAGAUAAAUACGCCGACGAGCUAGAGGCCAUAUUCGUCGUCUCAUCGGUCAAGAUCAACGGUGAAACACCUACAAAUCCUGAAUGGUCUUACACUCAACAAUUCGAGGUCAAUGGUACCGAGGGGACUGCGAUCGUCUUGCCCCCUGAACAGGCCAAGUGUCCGCGCUGCUGGCGCUACGUCGCACCUGUCGAGGAUAAACUGUGCCAACGGUGCGAGGAUGUCGUAGCCAGCCAUCAUCAUGUAGAUUAGACAUCUUGCGAAAUGCAUGUAUAUAUCCCACCUCACUUAUAUGUGUAUAAACUACCCACGAUCACGGUGAAGCUAUGAAUCACGUAGCAAAUCUAUGUUCCCAGCAUGGUUUCGUCUGGUGAGGUAUCUUUAAGCCUUGGCUAUGUCGCUAAACGAUUAGGUAUCUUAUGUAACCUAGGUAGAGUAGAAGAGGCGGAAUAUGCUAACAUAAGUAACAACAACACGAGGUCAGGGUCCAUACAUAGGUACGGCUAGUAUUUCGUCCGUCCAGGUUGAAAAUGAGGCUAGAGCAAAGAAUUAAAGGAGCUCUUAUUAUAGCACUGGAUUAGAGUGGAUCGUCGGAUGGAGCAUACAACGGAAAGUAUUUC